AUGCGUAAAGGGAAGAAAUACAAUGCUGCUAUAGACUGGUGGGCUUAUGGCCUCAUCCUCCAUAAGAUUGCCAAGAAAGCAUUUCCCAAAGACCGAAGUGCUACCGAAUCCAUGCUUCAAGACACCGCAAACCACCCUGAGUGUCAGAGAAACAAUGUCAAAGAUUUACUGAAAAAGGUGUGUAUGAUCUGGCGCUCUAGGUUAAUGUCCUGCAACAAGAAACUAAUUCUAUGAAAGAGUUACUCUUUCCAAAUAUAAAAGAGAUUCAUUUUUUAUACAGAAAACUAAUAACAUAGAGUAACAGUAUAUGCCCAUAAAUUACCACAUUGUCUAUAUACUGUAAUAUCAAAAUCAAGUAAUCAGAUAUUAAUUCAGUGAGAUGCAUACUGCUCACACCAGCAAUCCAUAGCUGGGAAGAUUAAUUGUAUGUUGUAAUUGUAAAGAUAGCACAAUAUAUAUAGGGGAGGCAUCUCAUGAAGGAGAACGAGAUAAAUAACUUGAAGGUUAAGAACACCAUGAUAACAUAUCUAAAACAAGGAAGAACUAGCCAUGCAUGAAGGUAUAGUUUGUGUUUUGUAGUUAGGGCAUGCGACACUUCCUAUUAUGUACAGGAGCAGAAAAUAAAGUAAGUGUAUCAUUAAUCAUUUUGGAACUGUGAUGCUUGGAACAUCCUUUUAAAGCAGCAAUGUCAUACAGAACUUACCUUUUGUUGAUCGAUUCCUCUUCUCUCCCUCUGUCAGAAUCUGUUCUUCAUUUCUUCCUGUAUGCUUAAGUUUUCUAUAUAACGUAAAUAUAGAGGUUUCCUACACUUGACCAGUGGAGGAGCAACGUGUGCUUCGUUUCCGGUGAUCAAAGCAAUUUUCCCACAAUUCUCACCUUUGAUGCGUGAUCUCGCGAUGCUUCCUGUCAGUAGUCCCGAACGCCCUGUCGCUUAGACAGAACGCCGGUGAAACUACCGAAUUUCGUCCUAACAGAAUGAGAACAGUUCCUCCAUUCGUGUUAGGAUGUAAUUCGGGACUUUGUUCGGAUCAGAAUUUCAUUCUAAUAAAUGAAGCUCUAAUCCUAUCCGUGCCCCGGCUGCAUCUUGCAGCCGCUUAGUAGAUAGUUCCCUAAUUCCCACGGUAUCAGGGAGCUAUCUACCAAAAGGCUGAAAGACCUAAAUUGGUCUUGCAGCCAAAUUUAUGAAUACUAAGUAAAGAUUACUUAGUAUUAGUAAAUUCUGCCCCUACUCACUAUGCCACGAGUAGGGGCAUGUCUAGUAAACAGUGAGCAGCCACUGGCCUGUGGGUGGGGGCGUAAAUAACAAUAAGAGGGGGGGAACCUAUAGUCGUCCCCCCAGCCCCACCUAUGAGCAGCGGGUGGGGGCCCUAAAUUAUAAUAAGGGGGAGGGACCUAUUGUCUGCCCCCACCCCUGAACGGCGGGUGGGUGCCCUAAAUGAAAAUGGGGGGGGCAACCUAUUGUCCUCCCCUCCUCCCACGCCCUGCAAUUAGGCUCAGAGCGCUCUGAUUGGUUGGUUUAAGCCAACCAAUCAGAGUGCUCUGACAGGUAAAUGAAGAGACUGACAGGUAAGUCUCUAAAUUUACCUGUCACAGUACUCUCAUUGGUUGACUUGAAAUCCAAACAAUCAGAGUGCUCUGUCAUUUUACACAGCGUGGGAAAGUUCUUUAGAAUUUUCCCAUGCUGUGUAAUUUGACUCAUAACAACACUCUGGUUGCUAUUCCCUCCCCCCUUAUUGUUAUUUAGAGACCCCACCCGCCACUCAUGGGUGGAGGCCGCAGGGGAGGACAAUAAGUCCCCCUCCUUAUUGUUAUUUAGGGCCCCCAUCCACCGCUCAUGAGUGGGGGCAGGGGGGAGGACAAUAGGUUCUUCCCCCCACACACACAUUUUCAUUUAGAGCCCCCACCCGCAGCUCAGGGGUGGGGGAGGCCAAAAGGUCCCCGCACUUUAUUAUAAUUUAGGGCCCUCACCCGCCACUCAUGGGUGGGGGUCGGUGGGGAGGACUAUAGGUCCCCCCCAGUCUCCUGUUCGCGCGGCUCAGGAGUUUUAUUUGGGGGGGGUUUACAGUGAGCAGCCACUGGUUACUGUUUACUAGACAGGCCCCUACUCGCGAUAUAGCAAGAAAGGGCAGAAUUUACUAAUACUAAGUAAUCUUUACUUAAUAUUAGUAAAUUUGGCUGAAAGACCAAUUAAGAAGGUAUUUCAGCCUUUUGGUAUAUAGCUCCCUGAUAUCGUGGGAAUUAGGGAGUUAUCUACUUAGCGGCUGCAAGAUGCAGCCACGGCACGAAUAGGAUCGGAGUUUCAUUCAUUAGAAUGAAAUUCCGAACAAGUGCCAAAUUGCAUCCUAACACGAAUGGGGGAACGUUUCUCAUUCUGUUAGGAUGAAAUUCUGUAGUUUCGCUGGCCUGCUCUCUAAGCGACAGGACGUUAAGGACUACUAACAGGAAUCAUCGCGAGAUCACGCAUCAAAGAUCAGAAUUGUGGGAAAAUUGCUUUGAUCACCGGAAACAAAGCACGCUUUGCUCCUACGCUGGUCAAAGCUGGUCAAGAGUAGGAAACCUCCAUAAGACAAAGUAGUCCCUACUUUGUCUAAUGUUUUACAGAAAACUAGAGCAGACAGGAAGAAAUGAAGAACAGAUCCUGACAGACGGAGAGAAGAGGAAUCGAUUAAAGAAAGGUAAGUUCGGCAUGACAGUGCCGCUUUAACUUUGUAGUACUGCAAUUCAGAUUUUAAUAAUUGCUGAUCUACCCUCUAAAUUGUGUUUGUAUGUUUUUUUAGCCAAUGAACAAAGGCAGUUUUAUUAUAGACCUUUUUCCAUUUACAGCUCAUGUGUAAGAACCCAUCAGAGCGCUUAGAGGCAGCUGGCAAUAUCCGCAGACAUCCUUUCUUCCAGUCAAUUGACUGGGAUGAGCUGGAGGCCGGCAAGGUAGAUCCGCCCUUUGCGCGAAGCCCAGUAAGUAUACAGAACCUUUCAGCAGAGACCAGAAUGAUCAGAUGUGGUUACAAACAUGGAAACAGACACAGGUAAUGGAAGACCUCUCAGUCCACAGGGCCAGAUUAACAUAGGCGCAGGUGGAGCUCCAGCUCCCAGGCUCAUCCUGCUGUAAUAGUCUCACACUACUGGCUAACCUGUUAAUCUUGCAGCUUCCUCUCCUCCUGAUUGAGCACUGGGUAAGCUGCAGGCUAGGCGUCUGAUAUCAUCAGGGGAUGUCUUUGCAACCUGCAGCAAAAUCAGAGCGCUUGUAGGAAUUAGGCUGGUAUGGGCAUGCUGUUGGAGAUUGCAGGGAGGAGAGGGAUACAUGUUAAGUUAGGAAAAUAACUAUUACACAUUUACACAUUACAACUACUUAUCUCCUCUAUUUUAAAGCUCCUUAAGUCAAAGGUGCUGCAUUAGGUGGAAACUUGAGGCAAACUCAUCAAAUGCUUUUGUGGAGUACAAUUCCAAGAUCAGGCAGUGAAAGGUGAAAGUCUGAGUAAUACUAUAAAUGCAAAAAUGUAAUGGGAUGGUAGUUUGGGCAACUAACGUGCAAGGAAUUGCAGAGUGGGGAGUCAUGGAGCCCUCCGUAAUAUGCAGUGUGUACUGGGAUAUUACAGAGCUCCCAGUAAUGUACAGUGUGUACUAGGAUAUUACAAAGCCCCUAGUAAUGUGCAGUGUGUACUGAGAGAUUAGAGCCCUCAAUAAUGUGCAGUGUGUACUGGGAUAUUACACAGCUCCCAGUAAUGUGCAGUGUUUACUAGGAUAUUACAGAGCCUCCAGUAAUGUCCAGUUUGUACUGGGAUAUUACAGAGCCCCCAGUAAUGUGCAGUGUGUGCUGGAAUAUGACAGAGACAAACUAUUGUGCAGUGUGUGCUGGAAUAUGACAGAGACAAACUAUUGUGCAGUGUGUACUGAGAGAUUACAAAGUCCCAAGUAAUGUGCAGGUGUGCUGGGAUAUUACACAGCCCUCAUUAAUGUGCAGUGUGUACUGAGUUAUUACAGAGACCCCAGUAAUGUGCAGUGUGUACUGGUAUACUACAGAGCCCCCAGUAAUGUGCAGUGUGUACUGGGAUAUUACAAAGCCCCCAGUAAUGUGUAGUGUGUACUGAGAGAUUACAGAGCCCCCAGUAAUGUGCAAUAUGUACUGGGAUAAUUCACAGCCCCCAGUAAUGUGCAGUGUGUACUAAGAUAUUACAGAGCCCCCAGUAAUGUGCAGUGUAUACUUGGAUAUUACUGAGCCCCCGGUAAUGUGCAGUGCGUACUUUUAUAUUACAGAACCCCCAGUAAUGUACACACUGUGAAUUACUGGAGGUUCUGGGAUAAUACAGAGCCUCCAGUAAUGUACAGUGUGUACUGCGAAUAUAUCAUAGCUGUACUCAGCAACAUCUCCUCAAUACAUCAAUAUCUCAUAUCUAUAUCUUUGGAAAGUAAUGAUCUAAAUCCAAAUCUAAAUUCCUAAUGCUAAACCAUGUCAUAAUUCUAAACCAAAUCCUAAUUCCAAAUCUAAUCCUAAAUCUAAUCAUGCACCUCACCUCAACUGUAUGUCAUACCGUAAUCCCAUGUCUAACCCUAUGUCAGGAUCGUAUCCUGACAGCUAUGUUUUAUCUUCCUUUUGUUUCUGUUCCUUUAAAAAGAAGUUCCAGCUCUCAACCACUAGUGGCCUCCCUAGCCACUAGUCACCUCAGUCCUCACCUGCCUAGGACUAAUUACUUGCUUCAGCUACAUAAGGCUACACCCUGCUCACAACAGGGCCUUUACAAUGAAGUUAAUGAUCUACCUGAAAGACUUCAGUUCCUGGCUCCCGUGAACCUGGUCCAAACUUACCUUCUACCCUGCUCCAUACCAACCUGCUCCAGAUUUACCUUCUACCCUGCUCCAUACCAACCUGCUCCAGACUUGCCUUUAAACCUGCUCCACUCUCACGUAUGAUUUUGACCUCUGCUUCUUUUACCAGCCUUCCUGUGUUACAAACCUGCCUCCAUUAUCAGCCUUCUACUGUUAUCAGCCUGCCUGCUGUUGAUACCAACCUGCCUUUGUUUUCUUUAUUUGCAAGUAUCCUGUUUUGUGGCAUAUUGCCUAAAGUCUGUUUUCCCUGAAGUUGCAUAAUAUGUCUAAAAGCACAAAUAAAGUCUCAAAUAACAACCCUGGCAUAAGUAUCCUAUCUGACCUGGACAAGAUCAUGACACCCUUAUUAUAUCCUUAAUCCUAACUAUCGCGACAGUGAAAGAAGGAUUGAUGAGUUCAGCAGAGGGAUUCCUGUGCUGAAUUUAAUCAUAAUCUGAACCAUAAUCCGAUUCCUAAUCUGAAACAUAAUCCCAAUACUAAAAUUAAUUAUAAACCUAAUCAUAAACCUAGUAAUAAACCUAAUCCUUAUUCUAAACUGAAUAAUAAUCCUUAAUUUUAAUCCUUGACUUAAUCUUAAUACCAAAAGUAUUCCCUCUGCUAAUAUCAAUACUGAUAUUAGUGAAGGAAUUCUACACUAAAACAAAGAGUGGCAAGUUGCUGCUAACUACUGGCUAUCUUUAGUGUGGAAGUCUCCUAUUGCUAUUACUGAAGAUAGGAUACCCAGUGCAUUGCUAUCUGACAAUUUUACAUAAUAAUACAAAAAUAAAAAAAAAUAAAACUAAGAGUCUCCUAAAAAUGUUUCUUACCAAACACAAAAACUAUAUGUGAACCCAAAAUAAAUAUACAAUAGUAUAUAACAAAAUUGGAGAACUCUACAUAUAAUAUAAAGAAACCACCCAAAAGUGGAUAAUAAAACUACAACCUGCAAGGUAUGCAAAAUAGAAUCUAAAAGAAAAAAUAUGCAAUAGUUUAAUAACUACAAACAAAAGACAUUGGGUGGUGGAAGAAACGCACUCACAAGAUGGAACUGCAAUGCAGGCCUGUCUCCUCUACAGGGGUAAAUCAGGUGGACAAGGUGAAUCCCAAUCGUCUGUAACAUCUAUUUAUUUGAAACAGGUGAUUUUAAAGGGUUUCUCUAGUGCCAGUAAAACCGGCUUUGAAAAUUGUAAAGCUUCAAUAAAGCUCUAAUAUGAGUUGAAACUUAGUAAACCUGGUGACCAUUUUAUAUAACGAAAAGAGGGACAAUCAAGGUGACAUGGUGGUGUGACCGGUCUGUGGAUUAUUGGUUGUCUUUGGGUAUAGCCAAAGUAUUAUGAGAAAUUAAGCCCCGAGACUCAUAAACACAAACAAUAUCUAAAGUUGGCAGCCCUGCAUAUUUUCUAAACAAUAUUUCUCAUAAUGCUUAGUAGCCUUUACUAUACUCUCCAGCCAUUUCUGUACCUCUGUACGUUGCCAGAAACCCAUUUCUGUUCCUUCCUGACAAGCUGUAUAUCUAGCUCCUUUCCCAAUUAUGCCAAUACCUACAUUGAAAGAACUAAUUGAUUCUCUUACAUACAAAAAUAAAACCAGAGGUUUUAUGGCAAAUGUCUUCUCCUUGUUCUCCAACAGAAAGGCUGUGGAGUGGAGAGUAAUUUAUAAAAAGGUCAGAAGAAAACGUGUGAUAAUAUUUAACCCCACCACCAUGGGUAUAUUUUACACCCAUAUUGGUUUUCUUAUACAGCUUUUUAAGUGUGGCAACUCUUAAUGGAAGUUUUCUUGCAUAUAGUCAACUGUAAAUACUACAGUGUGUUAUUAUGUCUUUUCUUUGUAGCCAACACUGGAGAGUUUAACAGCAAAAGUGAUAAAAGAGACAACCAUAUCUAGCUACGAAGCAUUUACUCCACCGAUUCCACCAGAGCAGCAAAAAUUAUUUCUUGGAUUUUCUUUUAACAUCCUCUCCCAGUCUACAGCAGCGUUGUGA